CCUAUCUGUGGGCGCUGCAGCAGACACCAAAGAUGUUGAAGAAAAUGGUCGUGAUCCGGUGGUUGAUGGUGGCGUUACUGGUGGUUUUUCGCAUUCAAGAAGUUCGAUCAGGUGCCUCAGAUCACAAGUACAAACCUAAUGAUGAAGUCCCUAUUUACGCUAACAAAGUCGGCCCCUUCCAUAACCCUAGUGAAACAUACCGGUUUUUUGAUCUACCGUUCUGUCUACCAGCUCACUUGAAGGAGAAGCCGGAAGCUCUUGGUGAAGUACUGAAUGGGGAUCGUUUAGUCAGUGCUCCUUAUAAGCUUUAUUUUAUGGUUGAAAAGGACUCGGAAAUUGUUUGCAAAAAAAAACUGUCAAAGGGAGAAGUAUCUAAAUUCCGAAGUGCUGUUGCCAAGGAUUAUUAUUUUCAGAUGUACUAUGAUGACUUGCCUUUCUGGGGAUUUUUGGGGAAGGUUGAAAAGGACAAAACUGAUCCCAGUGAGGAAAAGUAUUACCUCUUUAAGCAUCUUCACUUUGAGAUCCACUACAAUAAGGAUCGUGUCAUAGAGAUAAAUGCAAAAGCUGAUCCUAAUGCUGUUGUGGAUCUGACCGAAGACAAGGAAGUUGAGGUAGAAUUUAUGUACACGGUCAGGUGGAAAGAAACAGACAUUCCUUUUGAGAAUAGGAUGGAGAAGUACUCCCAGUCUUCUUCGCAACCACAUCACCUAGAGAUCCAUUGGUUUUCAAUUAUUAACUCAUGUGUGACAGUUCUCCUCUUAACCGGUUUCCUUGCUACAAUUCUUAUGCGAGUUCUUAAGAAUGACUUUGUUAAGUAUGCUCACGAUGAGGAGGCAGCUGAUGACCAAGAGGAAACUGGGUGGAAGUACAUUCAUGGUGAUGUUUUCAGGUACCCUAAGUACAAGUCUCUUUUUGCUGCAGCCCUUGGUUCUGGAACCCAGCUAUUUUCCCUUGCACUUUUUAUCUUUGCACUGGCUCUUGUUGGAGUAUUCUAUCCAUAUAAUCGAGGAGCUCUGUUUACCGCACUAGUUGUCAUAUAUGCUCUUACUUCUGGGAUUGCAGGCUACACUGCAGCCUCCUUUUAUCACCAGCUAGAAGGAACUAACUGGGUGAGGAACUUACUAUUGACUGGUUGCCUGUUUUGUGGACCACUCUUUCUUACUUUCUGCUUUCUAAACACUGUUGCAAUUGCUUAUACUGCUACUGCUGCUCUGCCAUUUGGUACCAUCGUGGUGAUCGUUUUAAUAUGGACUUUGGUGACAUCACCUUUGCUGGUAUUGGGGGGUAUUGCAGGAAAGAACAGCAAGGCUGAGUUUCAGGCUCCCGUUCGCACCACAAAGUAUCCCAGAGAGAUCCCACCAUUGCCUUGGUACAGGAAAACUAUUCCUCAGAUGGCCAUGGCUGGUUUUCUCCCUUUCAGUGCAAUUUACAUUGAGCUUUACUACAUAUUUGCCAGUGUGUGGGGCCACAGGAUAUAUACCAUAUACAGCAUCUUAUUUAUAGUUUUUAUCAUCCUUCUUAUUGUUACUGCCUUUAUCACGGUGGCACUGACAUAUUUCCAACUUGCGGCCGAAGAUCAUGAAUGGUGGUGGAGGUCUUUCCUCUGUGGUGGGUCAACUGGUGUUUUCAUCUAUGGGUAUUGCUUGUAUUACUACUACGAACGUUCUGACAUGUCAGGAUUCAUGCAAACCUCAUUUUUCUUUGGUUACAUGGCUUGCAUCUGCUAUGGUUUCUUUCUGAUGCUUGGGACAGUCGGUUUCCGUGCGGCUUUGUUCUUUGUCCGCCACAUAUACCGCUCAAUCAAGUGUGAAUAGAUGUUUAAUGUUCAAUCUACGAUGCUCAGACAGGAGCUAAUCUUGUGGCCGUUGCUGUAGCUGCUGCUGCUGCUGCCCAGGGUGAAACCAUGAAAGCCAUCAACUUACAUGUUGAAUGAUGUUUUCAUAUAUACUUGUUUCUGUUUGGUUUGGAAAUAGGAAGAAACUUGGAAAAUCGCCACUCAAUUUUGGACAUAUACACAGACCAUUUUCAUUUUAAAUCUGUAGUUUGUAAUUAAAGUUUGUACAAGUCCAGGUAUUCACCAGCUUUCUACA